AGCAACUUAAGCCAGCCCAGCUGUAGAUUGAACGGAACUAUACAUGCGAGGGAGGUAGCAUUGAACAGAAGACAUAUCGAUCCUCACAUUAACCAGCAUCAAGUAGACAAGACUACACGUCCUCCUUGAGCCACUGACCACUGCACAGCCAACCACAUCUACCGUGGGUUCAGAAUGGAGCAGGUGUAUGCAUCUGGGAUGGCCGCCAAACUACGGAACAAGUGGGACCGGGACGAGGGCCUGGGCCAGAACCACAAAGCCAUCAAGUUCCUGGGCCAGGACUUUGAGUCGCUCAGGGCCCAGUGCCUCCAGAGCCACAACCUCUUUGAGGACAGCCUGUUCCCCUGUGCCGCCUCCUCUCUGGGGUUCAAGGAGCUGGGGCCACACACCUCCAAGACCCAGGGAAUAAUCUGGAAAAGACCCACGGAGAUCUGCAGCCGUCCACAGUUCAUCAUGGAUGGAGCCACUUGCACUGAUGUCUGCCAAGGAGCUUUGGGUGACUGCUGGUUGCUGGCGGCCAUAGCCUCGUUGACUCUGAAUAACAACCUCCUCCAGAGGGUGGUGCCCCAAGGUCAAGACUUUGACAGCCAGUACGCUGGGAUCUUCCACUUCCAGUUCUGGCAGUUUGGUGACUGGGUGGAUGUUGUCAUCGACGACAGGCUGCCGACGAAGGACGGAAAGCUGCUGUUCGUCCACUCCGCCGAGGGGGGCGAGUUCUGGAGCGCCCUGAUGGAGAAGGCCUACGCCAAGCUGAACGGCUGCUACGAGGCUCUUUCCGGAGGCAGCACGUCGGAGGGUUUCGAGGACUUCACCGGCGGGGUGACGGAGACGUACGACCUGAAGAAGGCGCCCUCUGACCUCUACAGCAUUAUGUCCCGGGCUGUGGAGAGAGGAUCCCUCCUGGGAUGCUCGAUAGAUAUCACUGGCAACAGUGACAUGGAGGCGGUGACCUUUAAGAAGCUGGUCAAAGGCCACGCCUACUCGUUAACCGGGGUCGAACAGGUGUCUUACAGGGGAAUUAUGACCAAACUGGUCCGUGUCCGUAACCCAUGGGGACAGGUAGAGUGGACUGGAGCCUGGAGUGACAACUCCAGGGAGUGGGACGGUGUUGACCCUGAGGUCAGAGGACGGCUGCAGAUGCGCAGUGAGGAUGGAGAGUUCUGGAUGUCGUUCAAUGACUUCCUGAAUGAGUUUUCGCGUCUGGAAAUCUGCAACCUGACCGCUGACGCCCUGGAGUCCACCCAGCUGAUGAAGUGGAGCUCAGCCAUGUAUCCCGGGGAAUGGAGGAGAGGCAGCACCGCCGGAGGCUGUAGGAACUUCCCCGCCACAUUCUGGAUCAACCCACAGUUCAAGAUCACCUUGGAGCACCCCGACACGGCCGACCACACGGACUGCAGCUUCCUGGUCGGGCUGAUGCAGAAGGACAGGAGGAAGGCUCGCAGAGAGGGCAAGGACAUGGAGACCAUCGGAUUCGCCGUCUACGAGGUUCCUGAGGAGUACCGGGGUACCACCGGCGUCCAUCUGAAGAGAGACUUCUUCCUGACACACGGCUCCGCGGCCCGCUCUGAAACCUUCAUCAACUUGCGUGAGGUGAGCUCUCGCUUGAAGCUGCCCCCGGGCGAGUACAUCAUUGUCCCGUCCACCUUCGAGUCCCAGAAGGAGGGAGACUUCGUGCUCAGGGUCUUCUCUGAGAAACCCGCCAACUCCGAGGAGCUGGACGAUGAGGUUUGUGCCGAUCUUCAUCCAGAGAACCACCUGGAUGAGAGCCAGAUUGACGAAAACUUCAAGCAUCUGUUCAGGGAGCUGGCUGCAGCGGACAUGCAGAUCAGUAGCAUUGAGCUGCGGUGUAUUCUAAACCGGAUCAUCAGCAAGCACAAAGAGCUGAAGACCGAUGGAUUUGGGCCGGAAGCCUGUCGCACAAUGGUCAACCUAAUGGACGAUAAUGGUAGUGGUACACUGGGCCUGACAGAGUUCCAUGUGCUGUGGGAGAAGAUCAAACGAUACGUGACUGUGUACUCACAGUUUGACCUGGACAGGUCAGGGACCAUGAAUUCCCAUGAGAUGAGGAUGGCCCUGGAAUCAGCAGGCUUUAAGCUGCCCAAACAUCUAUUCCAGCUGAUUAUCCUCCGCUACGCGGAGCCUGACCUGACAGUGGACUUUGAUAGCUUUGUGACCUGCCUGGUUAGACUGGAAACCAUGUUUAAGACCUUCAGGACGCUGGACACGGAUGCUGAUGGAGUCAUUCAGCUCAACUUCUCCCAGUGGAUCUCCAUGAGCAUGUUUGCUUAAGGGAGGAUGGAUUCAGUGAUGCUUUUGCACAAGACUGCAAUAAUGUCACCCCAGAAGUUCCGUUACCUUGGCCAUUCUUCUCUGUGCUACAGACGUCCACUGGUUUUUUACACUUUGUUAAUGUUUCAAUGUGAUGGGGGGAUCGUCAUGAGUCAAUGUCAUGAGUCUAUACGACGCUUUUAGACUCAGCCGGAGCAAUAGCAUAGAAGUCAUUAAGAGAUCGACACUGCCUCCCACUGGACACGAGGAACAAGUGUUUACUUGUCGUCUUGUGUGAUGUUUCCCUAUUUACUUAUCAUAUUGUAUUUUUGGGGACAGUGUUUCGGGAAUAGUCAAUGACUAUGGUGUUAGUUUGUUUUAAAUGGGGGAGGGGGGGGUUGUAGGUUUAUUUUAAUUGGGGUUGUUUUAUGAUAAUGUUCAGUGGAAAAAAGGGCAAAGGACUGAUGUUAUCUUAAAGGUAUACUCAGCCAAUUGACUUUGUCACCAAUGGCACUGUGGGACUUUAAUUGGUGUCCGUUGGUCCAGUGGUCUAAUCCACUGGGUCCAGAACACACACUGUUGCAGUAUGGGUUUGGGUCUGAACCCACUGCUCGUUCAGCAAAAACACUUCUCUCUUCACAAUUUUCUGUCAAAUAAAGCAUAUAAAUAACAAUC